AUGGUUCGUCUCAACCUCGCCGUGGCCGCUCUGGCAGCAGGCGCCAUCUCGGCUUCCGCUUCUUCAUCACAGCAUGCCACCACCAAGCCAUUGCGCGGUGUCGCUCCAGCAGACGCUGCCAAAUAUCAACCCAUCAAGAACGCACAAGGACAAAUGAGAUGGAAAUGCCUCGACGGAUCCAAAGAGGUCGCCUGGUCCGCGGUCAACGACGACUAUUGCGAUUGCCCAGACGGAUCCGACGAACCAGGCACCUCGGCCUGCCCUAACUCCACCUUCUACUGCGCCAACACCGGCCACAUCCCAGCCUCCAUUCGCUCGAGUCGUGUCGACGAUGGCAUCUGCGACCCCGAAUGCUGCGACGGCACCGACGAGUCCGAUGGCAAAGUCCACUGUCCCAAUCGAUGCGAAAAGGUCGGCAAGGAGCACCGCAAGAGGACCACCGAGCUCGAGAACCUACGCAGAGCAGGAGGCAAGAUCCGCGACAAGUACAUCGCAGACGGCCGCAAGGAGAAGGAGAACCUCGAAGCAGAGAUUGCCAAGCUCGAGAUAGAGGUACAGGUGGCUACCGAGAACGAGGCCCGCUUGAAGCAGGAGUUGGCCCGCGCAGAGACCUCGGAUAAGGCUGUCAUCGACGCGAAGAUCAAGACGCCGCUCUAUGCCAAGCUCACCAAUCGACAGCAGGCCAUCAAGACGCUACAAGACAAGAAUGCCGCACUCAAAGCCGAGCUCGAGACCCUCACGCUCUUGCUCGAUGACUUGGCCAAGGGCUACAACCCAAACUACCAGGACAUGGCCGUCAAAGGUGCUGUCGUCGCGUACAAGGAGUGGCGCGGGAUCGCCGCAGGUGAUGUCAAGCAAGAAGCCGACACAGCCGAGCCCAACAACAUUGACCAGCUCGCCGGGGAGAACACCAAGCUCAGCGAGCUCCUUGAUGAGGGUGAUUGGCCCUCUGACAAGCUUACCGCUCUGAUCAGCGAAGACGUGCUCGAUAUCAUGGACGGCGGCCUAGCAGGUGCCGGCAUCGACAAGCGGGUAUCCGCCACGGAAUCCGACGGCGGGCUGCUCUUCCGUAUUCACGAGUACAUGCCCGAUCAGCUCGUCCCCUACUUCGAAGCCAUGGUCGACACGCUUCUCGACGUGCUCAUCAAAGCCAAUGUCAUCACCGACGUCAAGCGCAUGCGACCCAAGUCGACCUCUUCUUCGUCAUCGACCACCGACGAGCCCGAGAACGUCUCUGCCGCUCGUCGCGCGCACACCGACGCAGCCAACCACCUCUCUCGCACCACGCACGACCUCUCGACGCGCAAGAACAAGCUCUCCGACUUUUCCUCGCGCUACGGCCGCCAAGCCGAGUUCAAAGCGCUCGAGUCCAAGUGCUUCUCCAAGGACAUGGGCGAGUACACGUACGAGUACUGCUUCUUCGGUCGGGCUACGCAGAUCCCCAACAACGGCGGUGCGCAGAUCUCGCUCGGCAGCUUUACCAACUUCAACCCCAAAAACGACCGCAAGCCGGAGGAGGACGAGUUCUGGUUGCAGCAGAUGUAUGCGCGUGGGCAAAAGUGCUGGAAUGGCCCUGAGAGGAGCGCUAUUGUGGAUCUCGAGUGCGGGGUGGAAAACAAGGUGCUGGACGUGUUUGAGGCGGAGAAGUGUAUCUAUUCGAUCAAGGUGGCGACUCCGGCGGUGUGCUUCCCUCCCGCAUCGGCAAGGGAGCAGGCGCAGAAGCAGCAGGGAGAAAAGGAGGGAGCUGCUGGACAGCCGGUCAAGGACGAACUCUGA